AAAAUAUAUAUCCAACCUGUGGUAGCUGUGAUUUGUGUAUGCCGCAGAAAUGGAAACUAAAACGGAGUCGCUCAAACGGUACAUAUGCUCGUAUGCCGGCUGCUCUGCGGCUUAUAACAAACAGUGGAAACUGGACGCUCAUUUGUGUAAGCACACGGGAGUGAAGCCGUACACGUGUGAGCACGAGGGCUGCGGUAAGUCGUUCUGUAGCCCGUACCACCUGACGCGACACGAGCUCAGCCACAGCGGCGUGAAGCCUUUUCAGUGCACCGAGGACGGCUGCGAGGAGGCCUUCACCACCAACACGAACCGGGCCAGGCACGUCAGCCGCGUUCACGCGCAGCAGCAGCAGAAAAAGUACGUGUGCAAAUUUGAGGGCUGCGGGCUCGAGUUCAAGAAGAACAAGCAGCUCAAGUCCCACGUGUGUGAGCAGCACACCCAGCUGCCCCCUUACCAGUGCACUUUUGAAGGCUGCCAGAAGCGAUUCGCCUUCCCCUGCAAGCUGAAGCGGCACGAGAAGGUGCACAGAGGCUACCCCUGCAAGGAGGAGGGCUGCGGCUUCACGGGGAAAACCUGGACAGAGUACACCAAGCACAGGAAGGAGCAGCACAAACACAAGAACAGGCUCAUUCUGAAGUGCGACCAGUGCAGCAAGGUGUUCAGGGACUCCUGGUUCCUGCAGCAGCAUCAGCACGUCCACUCUGAGACACGGGUGGUCCUCAAAUGCCCCAGGGAUGGCUGUGACAGGGCUUUCACUACUAUGUUCAACCUGCAGAGCCACAUCGGCUCCUUCCACGAGGAGCUGCGGCCCUUCGCCUGCACCCAUCCAGGCUGCAGUAAGACCUUCACCAUGAAGCAGAGCCUCCAGCGUCACAGCGUUGCCCACGACCCGGAGAAGAAGAAGCUCAGGAAGCCUAAACCCAAAAGAUCUCUUGCCUCCAGGUUAAGCGGUUACAGCGAAACAAAGCGGGUGGUUUUCAAAAACCGCAGGCAGCCUGAAUCCCUGACAAGGUCUGCACAAAAGAACACGGAUCCACCUGGUCCUGUUGAGUUGGUGUCCCUUAUGCAGGACACGUCCUUGUUAUGCAGUCCCGCUGUGGACACACAGGAGCUUACCAAUGUCCUGACUACACCUCUGACAAUGUAGACUUCAAAUGCAGGAUGAGCAUUGAUGAUGCAUUAUUAUUCCUAACUUGGUUAUAGGAAGGUCUUGGUGUUGCAUACAUUUAUUCCACCACUGUCAAAUCACAAAAAGGUUCCUUAUUUUGGACACAGUUUGGUUUCCUAGGCCUGGAACCUAAAAAAAA